GGAUCUACCGGAGAGAGUCAGAUAGAGUUACCGUUAGUGCCGCCGCACUGCUUUCUCUCUUCACGGGGAGAGUCCGUGCGCUUUCUGUGCUCUACUCCGUUUGAUCUUCCAUCAUCCUCAUCCUCAUCCUCCUCCUCAUCUUCAUCCUCCUCCUCCUCCUCCUCCUGCCUCAGCGACAUCCCAGCGUCCGGCGGCUGUGGCGGCGCUUCCGCGGGCUCCCGGAGUGUGUGCUGCGGCUUGGUGCGCGGCUCUGAGCGGUGCAGCGAUGCUGCUGAUUGGCUGUGUCCUGUUGGCUGUGUGUUCAGCAGCGCCACCUGCACACAUCAACCGCCUGGCGCUGUUCCCUGAUAAGAGCGCCUGGUGUGAGGCCAAGAACAUCACACAGAUAGUGGGGCACACGGGGUGUGUGUCUCAGUCCAUCCAGAACAGAGCGUGUUUGGGACAGUGUUUCAGUUACAGUGUACCCAACACGUUCCCUCAGUCCACUGAGUCUCUGGUGCACUGUGACUCGUGCAUGCCUGCGCAGACGCAGUGGGAGGUGGUGACUCUGGACUGUCCCGGCAGUGUGGAGGCUCCGCGGGUGGAGAAGUUGGUGGAGAGGAUUCUGCACUGCAGCUGUCAGUCCUGUGGUAAGGAGCUCGGUCAGGAGGGGGCGCUGCUGCAGCUCUACAGCCCCGACAACACACUCGAUCCCGACACACACAACACACACACGGACACGCACAACACACACCUGCAUGCCGACACACACAACUCGCACACACACGGAGACACACGCACGCAAGGCGAGCCCAAGACGCACACACACACAGCUGAGGGAGGAUGAGCACUCGCUCACUUUAUCUGUCCUCACACACACGCGCACACACACACACACACACACACACACACACACAUCCUGUCUGUCUCUCUGGGGGUGAGAGAUGAAAAGGGUUUGCUCUGUCGCACAUCAGCAGCUGUCACUAAUAUUACAAUUUAAAUUAAAUUAAAAAUAUUAAAUUUCAUUUCAGAAUAAAAUCUGGUGACUUUUGUCUGUGGUGCAGUCAUGUGAUUUGUGUGCGCUGUCCACAUAAACAAAAAAAAGGUAAAGGUGAUUUUUGUCUGUUUUCUGUCAGUGUGCGUUUGUGGCUUUUAACCUUAUUGUGGAAUAAAAAUAUUAAACUUGUAGAGCAAACACGCCAAUGUGUAAAAAAAGCCUUGAGAUUAAUUCAGAAUAUUUCAUGAAUGUUGCUGUUUUAAAAACCCUUUUCAUCUGUUUCUUUUCACCUUUUCACCUGUUUCUUUCUUUUUAUCUUUUAUCUUUUAUUUCUAUCUCUCACUUUUUUCUUUGCUUUUUCUCUGCUUUUUCAGAUAUCUGUUUCUAUUUCUAUUUUUCCCUUUCUGUCUGUCUUUUACUUUUUUCAAUCCAUCGCUUUACCUUGUCUUUCUUUUUUUGUCAUUUCUUUUUUAUUAGUACUCUUUGUCUAACUGUACUUUUCUCUUUCUUUCUUUCUUUCAAUUGCCAAGUUUAAAGCACUUAUUCAAGCAACUCUCUUUCUGCUCUACUGACCAAUCAGAUCCUCCCAGCUCUGUGCUUGGUGUAAACACACACACACACACACACACACACACACACGCACACAUACACACGUGCAUGCACACAAGAGCACACACACACACACUCUGGCUUGAUUAUUGAAGUUAUAUGUCACCUGUGUACGUCUCUGUAAACACAAUAAACACUUUAAACACUG